UCUAAUGGUAAAAGCCUGGACUGCAUGCAGGAGACCUCUGUCCCCGAUCCUGAUGUUCCCUAUUUUAUCAGCUGGCUAUGUGACCUUGAAUAAAUCCACUCAAUCAUUUUAGUCUCAGGUCUUCACAAUAAACCAGUAAUAACUGUACCUGGUUUGACUCUCUCAGAGGGAUAUUACAAAUAUCAUGUGAAAACAUAAAAAGACUUUAUUUGUAUUACAAUAAAUAUUAUUUCUACGUUAUUGAACAACUUCUUAACGAAAAGCAAAUUUCUAUUAGAUAUGAGAUCAUGAAUCGAGUUCAUGUAAUAGAAAACUGACCAGACUAAGAAUCCAAAGUCUUGGUGUACAAGUCACAUAAUAUUGGGCAAGUCGAUACUCAAAGAUCUUAUGUCCUUCACUAUGAAGCUCUCCUAGUAACAUGCGAUCUACCUGUAGGUCAAAUUAGAUUACCUGUAAGAAAGCACCCUGUAAGUUGGAAAGAUUCUUGUUAACAUAAAAUAUUUUCAUACUCAUUAUUUAUGUAAUUUAAGCAUUCAAAGAUGGUAGCAGUUGUUGCUGAAAUUUGUAUUUUGAAGAACUGAUGUCUCAAAGGUAAGUUCCCUUGGACUAAGUGCUUUACGUGUUUUGCAAUUGUUGUGAUAAUGUCAUGAAUUUAUCAGUUACCUCUUUCCUAAUUAAGACAUUCCUUUCUUCAGUGAAUCAACAUGAAGACGAUUUUGGACACCUCCAUAUUUUGGGGAAAAUUUCUAUAUUAUUUUUUAGAAUCUUUAGUUUACAGGAUAAUUCCCAAGAAAAAGAAUGUUGCUGGAGAGAUUGUCCUUAUAACAGGCGCUGGAAGUGGACUUGGGAGGUUAUUGGCCAUAACAUUUGCCAGCCUUGGAGCCAUUUUAGUUCUAUGGGACAUUAACGAAGAAGGCAACAUGGAAACGUGUCGAAUGAUCAAAGAAAAGGGUGAUGUGAAAGUAUUUGCCUACACAUGUAACCGUGGCAACAGGCAAGACGUCUACAGAGUUGCUGAUCAGGUUAGAAGGGAAGUGGGCGAUGUGAACAGCCUUGUUAACAAUGCGGGGUUCCUGACAGGAAACCUGUUUCUCAAUACUCCAGAUCACAUGGUGGAAAGAUCGUUUCUUGUAAAUGCCCUGUCUCACUUCUGGACUUGUAAGGCCUUCUUUCCUGCCAUGCUUAAAGCUAACCAUGGUCACUUAGGUGUUUCAAGUAUAGCAGGAGUAGUUGGUAUCAAUGGACUAUCGGAUUAUUGUGCAAGCAAAUUUGUAGCUUUUGGCUUUGCAGAAUCUCUCUACCUUGAAUUAAGACUACUACAAAAAAGUAACGUUAAAGCCACCAUUGUUUGCCCAUAUUUUGUCAACACUGGAAUGUUUGACGGCUGUACAACCAAGGAUCUACUUCUGCUGCCUAUACUGGAGCACGAGAAUGUUGCCCAAAAAGUUUUAAAUGCUAUUUUAGAGGAACAGGUUUACUUGAUAAUGCCCACAUUUUUGCGUGUUGUGUUGUUCCUUAAACAAAUAAUAUCUCCAGACAUGAUGAUCACCCUUGCCGACAUUGGAAUGGACACUUCCGUGGCUUCCUUGACAGGUCAAGAGAAAGUAGGUGAAGUUCAGACUGAAAAUGAGAGGAAACACCUAUAGCUGAAGCCUCAAAUGUGGUAAUAAAACCAAGUGUUGUGAGGACAGACCAUUUGGAGCUCUUCCUCACGCUUAGAGCAGUACAGUCUACCAAGGAUUACUGAGGCUUUCAGAAGGGCUAGCCUAAUUCCCAGGACAUGGUUUGCGCACUGAUAAUUUCCCUAGGCAUUCAAAUUAUAUAUUUGACAGUUUUUCCUGUCACUUUUUAGUCUGGUAAAUAAGGACAUUGCAGCCAUUCCAAUGAACUCGGAGAAUAUAAUGUAUUAAUAAAAACAUAGUAAUGCAAAUUGACACUAAUUUAAUUUUUAAAUAGACAGUAUAUGAUACUUCUAGAAAAGGAGUACUUAUAAAUAAUGACCUUGUAAAUCAGGGUUUUAGGCUGAUAAUUUUUCAACAUCAGAUGUAAAGAAACAUUUUAGUUUUGCAAUUAAGAAAAAUAACACUUUUCUGUUUGCCUAUUAAUUCCUAAUGGAGUUGGAUGACCACAUCAAGGUCCUUAGGGAGAUUGAAUCUGCUUAUUCGAUAAAAUAAGUCCACAACUAAUCAUGUUCGUUUGCAUCUGAACAUGCUAAAAAUUCCUAACUUCUUUAUUCCAUAAGAAAAAAAGUACACAUUAGACUAUGUACUGCUGGUUUGAGGAGGAGACUUAUUUUCAUAAUUCCGUCAAUAAAGUAGCC